AUGGUUGACCUGGGUACCUUCUUUAAGCCCUCCUUAAAUGGCAGCUCUGUGAAGAUCCCAUCACCUCCAAUCAGAGGGAGGGGCCCCAGAGAAAGCCCUGUUGAUGAAGAGGAACAGUGGUCAGAUGACUUUGACAGUGAUUAUGAAAAUCCAGAUGAACCCUCUGAUUCAGAGACAUAUGUGGUACCUGGGGAAGAAACGGCAGAUGACAGCUAUGAACCUCCUCCUACAGAAAAAGAGAAAAGGAAGCUUCCCGCUGCGCUUCCAUUUUCCAAAGGAGAAUAUGCAGAUAAUCGAUCACAUCAGAGACAUUCUCCACCUUUCAGCAAGACACUUCCAGAUAAGGCAAGUUGGCCUUCCCAGAAAACAAGAAACUCAUCUUUGCAGGUACUUCCUCCGCAGAAGCCUCAGCUCCCACCAAAGCCAAAAAACUGCUCGGAAGAUGAGGCUGAUUAUGUGGUUCCUGUUGAGGACGAAGAUGAAAAUUACAUCCAUCCUACAGAAAGCAAUUCACCCCCACCUGAGCAUGCUCCCAAAGUGAACAGAUCCGUCAAACCUUCUAGUUCUGCAUCACCAAACUCUCUCCCACCUGUACCUGCUUUGGCUCCAGAAAUGUAUGAAAUUCCUGCAAGUGAGACAGCAUCUUUUUCCCCAUACCAAAAACCAUCUGUCAAAACUCAUGAUAGCAGCCAUGCCACAGCUUGGGAACCCAAGUCUCCUUCAUCAAUUCAAGCCCCAUCACCUCUGCCAAGAGCCUUAAAGAAAACACCAACUCAGCUGAAGACAGCCCCAGGGCUUCCUCAUCAGAACACCUGGAGUGAUCAUGAAGAAAAGCCUGUACCUGCUGAACGUCAUCGAACCAGAGUGCCUGGCCAGAGGCUGGAACUCCGACAACAACCAGCGUUUCCCACAGUCAACAAACCAAUCCAACAGAAACCUGUACCUCCACCAAAGCCUCCAGAGGUGCUGAGUUCCAGUAUGGAUAUUCCAUUACCCAGUUUUCCAGCCAAUUCCUGUGUGUCAGAUCAGGAAGCUGAAAUUCAUUGCAAACCAUGGUAUGCUGGUUCUUGUGAUCGAAAAUCAGCAGAGGCUGCAUUAUACAAAUCCAACAGGGAUGGAUCAUUUCUUAUAAGGAAAAGCUCUGGUCACAAUUCCAAGCAGCCAUUUACAUUAGUUGUAUUCUAUAACAGAAGAGUUUAUAACAUCCCUGUGCGGUAUAUUGAAACAACAAAACAGUAUGCUUUGGGCAGUAAAAAAAAUGGUGAAGAGCACUUUAACAGCGUGGCUGAUAUAAUAAAGAAUCAUCAACAUACACCUUUGGUUCUUAUCGACAGUCAGAACAACACCAAAGAUUCCACUAGACUGAAAUAUGCUGUUAAAGUUUCAUAGGAAACAAGAAGAGAAAGGAUAUUAGCAGAGUUGCCUCAGAUAUUCCUGAUUUUUCACCUUUUUAGUGACAUGAAAAACAUCCUCAGGGAGACUCUUGGAUUGUGGCUCAUGCACCAUGGACCGAGGCAGCUGUCCCAGAGGACACUAUUCCUUCAGAGGGAGAUCAUGGAGCCUGCAUUGUCUAUUAUUUCUGAAGAUAAUGCUGUUAGUAUACAGUGAAGCUGAGAUGUUAUCACCAUCACUGUAAUAUACUGCAAAGUAAACUGCAAGAAGCAGUUAGAGAAUGAAAAUUUUCAAUUUUUCAAUUAGGAAUUCCCUUCUAUUGAUCCAUUUUCAGUGGGAGAAAACAGUCAUCUAACAAACAAGAAACUGAGGCUGAGAAAAAAGAGCACUAAAUUCAUAUAGCUGAAGCAUCCUGGGCAUCUGUUCUCCAACCCUGACAAUCACUUCUUGUUUCAGUUUUGUAAUGUAAAAGAAAAAAGUUCAAAAUGUUAUAAGAUGAUGUACUCUAGGCUGUACAUAGCACACGUAUAUUAUUGAGUGAUUGCUGUGACUUGUCAACAUCCAACCCCCUGAACCACAGGGUUAGGUUGGUUUGGGUUGUUGUACUCAUUAAAGAAAUGUUCACUCUUC